AGUGCUGGUUUGGAUGGGUAGGUGGAGUGCAGGAGGACGGGUCGAGGCAGGUGCAGGAGGCGGCCUUUAAAAAGCAAAUUAAACAGCAAGUACAUGUCACUCUGGAGGAAAUCACACUUCAAACACACACACACACACACACACACACACACACACACAUAAGAAGCGUUUGGGACUAUGGCUUCCACCACGUCGGGUGAUGUUCUGCCCACAGGCUUCAGGAUCUUCACCACCAUUCCUGACUUGUUCUUCAUUCCAGAGUUUGUGUUUGGAGGUCUGGUGUGGAUCCUGGUAGCGUCCACUCGUGUCUUCCCGGACCACCCGCUGGGCUGGGUAAUGUUCGUGUCCGUCUUCUGCUUCGUCUUCACCACGCUUUGGUUCUUCAUCUUCCUCUGUGGCGCAAACCAGAGCAGCAUCUGGCCCGUCCUGGACGUCGGCUACCACUUCUUGGCGGUGGUCUUCUACCUGAGUGCCUCGGUGGAUCUGGCCUACAUAACGGUGCUCAAAGGGUGGGGGGUGAACAUUAACUCGGCGGGCACCGUGGUCGUGGUGCCCCUGACUGGUGACGUUCUCAAAACCUACAGGCUGGACAUCGCUGCUGUGGUGAUGUCCUACGUGGCCACACUUCUCUACUUCCUGCAUGCCAUUUUCUCCGGCAUCCGAUGGAGGAAGGCCUAGACACACCACCGCCCUACAACAAACAGGAAGCCAAAUGUCAAACCAAGUGGGCCAGUCCCGUGGUCCCAACUACUCACUCCUCACCCUUUAUAUAUUUUUAUUGUUAUUAUUGAUUGUUUGGGUUUUUUUUUUCUUUGUUUACCACUGGCACGCUGACAAGUUAGAAUAGUCACAUGACUGAAUGAGCAGCAAACAAACAGGUCACAUGUAUGAUAGAAGGAAAGGGACUUUUGCUGAUAUCCUGUAUAUCAUGCCAUAUCCCCAGCAAAUGGUGGAAAAUAGAUGGACGCACCCAUAAAAAGCCCCACAAAUGCCUAUUUUUGAUACUCUAAACCCUAUAAUAUGCCUCUCACAGUUAUUAAACCAUUUUUAAAUUCAGUUUUACACAUUAAGAAACAAUUCCAGGCAUACAGUAUACAGUAUUGUACUUACAAAACAUGCAGUUACACAACAUCACCUCUUGUCAAAGCAUCUUCCUGCUGGAAAAUGUUCAGUGGAUGGACUUGUGAGACAGCGCCCUCUGCUGGAUUCACAGCUGUAGCACUCUUUUUCCCCCAUGCAGAUAGCGCCAUCAAACCAUUACCAUAAACAAAAUACAAUUUACAAUUUAAAGCAGCACAUUGGAUGUUCAUGGAGUGUGUUGCACACACAUAAAGGCACCAGUUUAAUGUAAUUUUGACUAAAUUCCUAUUGAAGCACACUAUUUAAACAUGGCUCUAUUAUUGCCUGAUCUAGGCUGAGUGUCCUCCUCCUCUUUUCAUAGAGGUCAGUCAAAUAGUUAUUAACAAACGUACACAAUAUUACUUUCUUUUGUUGAACUUUUCGUACAUGUAAAGGGCGACGUCACUGUUUGGACAAGAAAGAAACAUCAUCUUGAGCAGGGAUUACUGGCUUACUUUGUUGGUGGCUGACAUUUGGACAAAAGCGAGUGACAUUAUUACGCAUUGAAGAUCUCCUCAAAUCUCAAACGUGGUCAGACUUUCAUUCGCGCUUUCUUUGUGUUUACGAAAGCUUUUUAUUCAUUCACUUUUUUCUGCUUUUAGCUUUCCUUUUUGUUCUUCUCGAAAAGGAUCAGUUUAACUGAUGAUUGUUUUUGUUAUUUGUCUGCAAAUGUCCACAUGUAUAUACAGAACUUGAUGAUUUCACCUUACUGAUAUAUUUGCAAUCUACAAUGUGAAAUAAAACAAGUAGGCUAGAAAACUAGUAUUUGCAGACUCUGUAAUUAUCACUUAAAACUAUUAUAGAUGUGAAAUUUGUUUUUAAAAAUCUACCCAAUUGUUCUAUUUGUGUUUUAUAUACCCAUAUGUAUGCAUUCCUUGUCAAAGUUAAACCACAAACAAACAAUAACCAUUACUGUAUUGCUUUCCUGGUCUUUUGUGUGCAUGGGAACACGUUGUGAACAAUACAUGUA